GUGGCAUGACACGCAAUGGGACAUAAAGGCACCAUUCUGGGGAAUUACCACGGACUCACGUACAGUUGCUCAACUAAUUGUGCCGAGACGCAAGGAAUGGUUGCGUUAACCCAUCAAGAAUCAGACAAUUGCAUUUUGUUCUUAUCGCCGAUUGCCAAAUAGACGGGGUUACAAUCGUGAGAAGAGUAUUUGUUUAUCAAAACAUCUCUUUCAUCAGCGGUGGGCGGGAGCUGGCGUUGCAUAAAUCUCACACACUUUGUAGUGUCGCUUUACACGGCACUUUUCAUUGACAUGAUGAGGGGCCAUACUUGUUUCAUGGUGGCCUUUAUUACUUCCACUUUCCUGGUGGAUGUUUCGGGAUAUUCAAGUGGACUAGUUGGUGAUGCCUGUGAAUCUAUGGUUCCUAACCAUGGGAAGAGUGCACAAACAUCUGUUGCUCCAUAUGAAGUCACUGCAAACAGUGCCACCUUUAAUCCAGGAGAUACAAUUCAAGUGACAUUGAAAAACAAAUCUAGUGACAACUUUGAAGGAUUUUUGCUGGAAGCUCGAAAUGCUGACUCCUCUUCCACAACACCACUUGGCAAAUUCAGUACAACAAAUCCUCAAGCUCAACUUCUUAACUGUAGUGUUGGUGGGAUUCCCUACACUGACUCUGCUGUUAGUCACACAUCAAAAAGUCAAAAGUCUGAGAUCAUUGUCAACUGGACUGCACCAAAUGCAAGCAACAUUGUAUUCAGUGUUACUUUUGUGAAAUCACAGCUAAUAUUCUGGACAGAAGUGAAAUCCCCAGUCAUUCAAAGAUCUCUCUCUGGCUCCACUGUGCCUUCACAGCCCACCACCUCUCAGAAUAAGGGGGGCACCACUGGUCCAAUUUUGGAUGCACUCUCCAGUGAUGGAUGUGGGAAUACUAAAUUUUGCUUCAAUAAUCCUUCACAAUGCAACCCAGCCACAGAUGCAAACUGUUUCUUUAUGUCAUCCACGCCACUUAAUAACCAAGGAUUGCGAUUUGAAAUGAGUGGAAAGGCAAGCGGUUACAUCUCGAUUGGUUUCUCGGAUGACAAAAUAAUGGGUGGUGAUGAUAUAUACAUAUGUGGUAUGGAUGCCUCUGGACAAAUAAAAGUUCAACGUGCCUAUUCCACAGGAAGAUCGCCUCCUCGCAUUGAGCAGCUGGGUGAAGUAGAUGGUAUAGCUGUGGCUAAUAAAAAUGGAAUCAUUCAAUGUUCAUUUGUCACAAGAAACAACAUUUCAACAGCUCAAAGAGCAGCCAAUAAUAUGUACUACUUAUUUUUUGCUUAUGGGACUUCAGCUGGUGGACAAAUAAACAAGCAUCAAGAUCCUCCAUUCAUAUCAACAGAGAAAGUAAAUGUUGCAGUUGUACAGUUGGCCUCUGGGAACAAUGACAAACCUGUCCUUAUUAAGACUCAUGGUGCACUGAUGUUAAUAGCCUGGAUGACAACUGGAAGUAUUGGUACAAUGAUUCCUCAAUAUUUUAAGUGUAUUGGAAGUACAAGGAAGAUUUUUGGCAAGGACUGUUGGUUUCAGUUGCACUGGCCUCUGAUGAUGCUGACUGUUGUCCUGACAAUAAUUGGCUUUGUGCUGGCAUUCGUCCAGGUGAAAGGUUGGAGUUAUGGUGCUCAGUCUCACCCCAUACUGGGAUGUGUUGUAAUGGGGCUUGCCCUGAUCCAACCUACUGUUGCCAUCUUUCGUCCUCCACCAGAUCACAAGAGGCGAUGGAUUUUCAAAUAUUUUCACAGUGCAUUGGCUUUUGCGAUCAGGCCCGCUUGCAGUGGCAACACUAUUCCUAGGCCUUUACUAAUAAAUUGUAGCACCCAAUAAGUGGCCAGUAAAGGUCUUAGGUGGAUUUAUUGGAUGGGAAAUGCUUGUCCAUUUGCUGUUUAUCCUGACUUGCUGUUUUAAAAGAGAAGCUAUGUGCAAUACCAAGAAGAAAGUGGUGAACCCCAUGUUGUUCAUAUUCAUUAUGUACCUGUGUGGAAACUUGGCAUUUCUGAUAGCUCUCCUUGUGGGGAUUGGACAAACAUAAGUCUCUAUUGCAAAUAAUAUGUUAGAUCUGGAUCAAUCAUUGGCUUGGUAUCAAAGUAUCACAUGAAAUAAGGACUUCAUGAGUCGUGUCCCAACAAACAAAAACUUGAGCCAAUUUAAAAACCUUAUCCUUGUUUGCUUAUGGAUUGUUUAUGGUUACAGAAAGAUAACUAGCCUGCCAAGAUUCUACAGUGAGCUGAUGAAUCCUGCCUUUUGAAGGUCAGGAAGGCAUUUAGUUAUCACCCAUGAUUUUGUAUAUCAGAAUGUGCUGUAAAGAAUUAUAAGCAAUUAUUACAUGUCCUUUUGAUUUUAACUUUAUGCUCAACUGAUGGUAAUGUCAGAGUUCCUGAAGCCAGGUUAAAUAGCAUGAUCAGCUUAAAUUGGCAGCUGUGAAGUAAUGCCAUAGCCCCUGGUGAAGUUAUAGCUCUGUCCACUGAAGCUUAAACAAUGAAGUGAUUCAGAGUACUACUUUGCAAUCUAAGUAUUUACUGGUUUCUAAUUGCUAAUUUUCCUCCACCCUCUUCCCUAAUUGCUUGCUGGAGAGUGACAUUCCUUAGACCAACCCAAUCAACGAUUUGUACAGUGUAUCUUGGCCUUGAUUGCUAAGGUACUUGAACACUAGAGCAAGGCCCCGUCAAGUCUGUAGUUGAACAUAUCACUUUUUGCUCAGGGUAGAUGGAUUACAACAGACUGACAGCAUGGCAGUUCAUCUGCACUCUUGCAUUUGAUAUUAAUGAUGGAUACUCUUUAUUAUACACAAUGUUGGCUUUCAGCAACACUUAACUGGAUUGUGCACAUUUUGGUCCAAAGUGACAGGGACUACUGUACCUGAAAUUAAGUGAUAUAUUAGAUGCUAUUUUUAAACUGUGUAUAUAAAACGUAUCUAAUGAUUUUUUAAAAAAUCAUUUAUAAUUUUUAAUAUUCUCUUUACAGCUGGAUGUCCCUUUCAGCUGUCUUCAACUUAUGACUAGGUGACAGGCUGUACAGUAACAAGGAUUAGAUCAGAAAGCACUAAGAGGGAGAUGUUUGAGAAUGGAGAUUGCAUUGGCAAGGUGGAAUAAUCCAGGGGAGGGUGCUUCAGCAAAACAAAGGAAAUAAGUGAGGGAGUUUGGAAUAAAUAUGCCCAUGAGAAAUUCUGGUUUAACGGAGUUUAUUUACAAAAUAGUAAUACAAUAAAUUGUCUGUCUCCUAAACAAAAUUGGUAUCCUCAUGGACCAGCAAGUGUUUUUUAAAUACUAUUGCCUAGAAAUUGAAGUUUGUGCUCUUUCAGUGCACAUAUGCAAGUUACAUAUGGUCCUAAUAUCCACUUAUCUUCCUGAAUUUGUGAAAUUAGGUAAAAUGCAAUACAAUGAUAUUUCACACAAAGAACAAUGGUCUAAAACUGGCCCUUUACCAUAACCUUGCACCUAUUACUCAAGCUUGCAGUUGCCAUAUUGUUGUGGUUGGCUCUCCCUACAGCAGACAUAAAACAUGUCAUUUGGCCUGUAAUGUAUGUGCUAACCAUGAUGCCAAUCUGAAUCACUCCCUUCUGCUUGCACAUGGUCUAACUUCCUCCAUUCCCUGUCUGUUCAUGUACCUAUCCAAAUGCCUCAAAUAUUGCUAUUGCAUCUGCUUCCACCACUAUCCCUGGUUGUGAUUCCAGCCAUUUACCACUUGUUAAUUUUUUUAAAAUGCCUCAAAUCAUCCUUUUGAGUAUCUUUCUCCUCCCCCCCCCCACCCCCCCCCCUGCCUUUUUUUCCCCAAUCUUAACACUAUGCCAUCUAGUAUUUGAGACCAUAAGACAUAUGAGCAGAAUUAGGCUGUUUGGCCCAUUGGGUCUGCUCUGCCAGUCAAUCAUGGCUGAUUUAUUUUUUUUUCCCCCCCUCAAUGCCAUUCUCCUGCUUUCUCCCUGUAACCUUCAGUGCCAUUACUAAUCUAGAACCUAUCAACCUCCACAGCCAUCUGUGGCAAUGAAUUCCAGAGAUUCACCACCCUCCAGCUGAAGAAAUUCCUCCUCAUCUGUUGUAAACUUCUAUGCUGAGUCUGUGCCUUCUGGUUCUAGACUCCCACUACUGGAAACAUAUCCAGGCCUUUCAAUAUUCAGUAGGUUCCAAUGAGAUCCCACUGCACCACCACCCCCCCCCCCCCCAAAUUUCCAAAAUCCAUCUAAACUCCAGUGAGUGCAGGCCUGGAGCCAUCAAAUGCGCCUCAUACAUUAACCCUUUCAUCCCAGGAUCAUCUGGUAAACAACCUUGGACCCUUUCCAAUGCCAGCACAUCCUUCCUGAGAGAUGGGCCUAAUACUGCUCACAAUACUCCAAAUGUGGUCUAACCAACAUUAUAUAAAGCCUCAGCAUUACAUCCUUGCUUUUAUAUUCUGGUCCUCACAGAAUGAAUGUUAGCAUUGCAUUUGCCACCUUUGUUACUGACUCAACCUGCAAGUUCUCCUUUAGGGAAUCCUGCACUAGGACUCCCAAGUCCCUUUGCACCUCCAAUUUUUGAAUUCACUCCCCGUUUAGAAAAUAGUCUACAUCGUUAUUCCUUCUACCAAAGUGCAUGACCGUACACUUCCCUAUGCUGUAUUCCAUCUGCCACUUCUUUGCCCAUUCUCCCAACCUGUCCAAGUCCUUCUGUAGACUCCCUGCUUCCUCAACACCACCUGCCCCUCCACCUAUCUUUGUAUCAUCUGCAAACUUGGCCACAAAGCCAUCAAUUCCAUCAUCCAGAUCAUUAAUGUAUAACAUGAAAAGUAGCGGACCCAACACAGACAGACCCCUGUGGAACACUACUAGUCAUUGGCAGCCAACCAAAAAAAGGCCCCCUUUACUCCCACUCAUUAAUUUCUGCCAGUCAGCCAAUCUUCUAUCCAUGCUAGUACCUUUCCUAUAAUACCAUGGGCUCCUAUCUUAUUUAGCAGCCUCAUGUGCAGCACCUCAAAGGCCAUCUGAAAAUCUAAGUGAACAACAUCCACUGACUCUCCUUUGUCUAUUCUGCCUGUUAGUUCCUCAAAGAAUUCCAACAGAUUUGUCAGGCAAGAUUUCCCCUUAAGGAAACCAUGCUGACUUUGGCCUAUUUUAUCAUGUGCUUCCAAGUACCCCGAAACCUCAUCCUUAAUAAUGGACUCUAUAUCUUACCAACCACUGAGGUCAGGCUAACUGGCCUAUAAUUUCCUGUAUUUUGCCUCCCUACCUUCUUAAAGAGUGGAGUGAAUGUGUGAUUUUCCAGUCCUCUGGAACCAUUCCUGAAUCUAGUGAUUCUUGAAAGAUCAUUAAUGCCUCCGCAAUCUCUUCAGCAACCUCUUUCAGAACCCUGGGGUAGAGUCCAUCCAGUCCAGGUGACUUAUCUACCUUCAGACCUUUCAGCUUCCCAAGCACCUCUCCUUAGUAAUAGUCAUGACACUCACUUCUGCCCCCUGACUCUCAAAUUUCUGGCGUGUUGCUGGUAUCUUCCACAGUGAAGUCUGACGCAAAAUACUUAUUCAGUUCAUUCACCUGCUAUUUCUUUCUUCCCCAUUAAUACCUCUCCAGGGUCAUUUCCCAGCAGUCCAAUAUCCACUCUUUCCUCUCUUUUACUCUUUAUAUAUCUGAAGAAACUUUUGGUAUCCUCUUAUAUUAUUGGCUAGCUUACCUUCAUAUUUCAUCUUUUUCCCCUCUUAUUGCUUUUUUUUAGCUGUCUUUUGUUGUUUUUUAAAAGCUUCCCAAUCCUCUGGCUUCCCACUCAUUUUUGCAAUAUUGGAUGUCCCCUCUUUUGCUUUUAUGCUGUCUUUGACUUCCCUUAUCAGCCAUGGUUGCCUCAUCCAUCUUUAGAUACUGCUGCUUCUUUUGGGAUGAACCGAUCCUGCAUCUUCCAAAUUACUCCCAGAAACUCCUGUCAUUGCUGCUCUACCAUCAUCCCUGCUCGGGUCCCCUCCCAAUCAACUUUAGCCAGCUCCUCUCUCAUGCCUCUAGUUACCUUUACUCAACUGUAAUACAGAUACAUUCAAUUUCAGCUUCUCCCUCUCAAGCUGCAGGGUGAAUUCUAUCAUAUUAUGAUCAUUGCCUCCCAAGGGUUGCUUUACCUUAAGCUCCCUAAUGAAAUCUGGUUCAUUGCACUAAUACCAAAUCCAGAAUUGCCUUUUCCCUAGUGGGCUCAACCACAAGCUGCUCUCAAAAGCCAUCUCGUAGACAUUCUACAAAUUCCUUCUCUAGGGAUCCAGUACAACCUGAUUUUCCCAAUCUACUUGCAUAUUGAAAUCCCCAUGAUCACCAUAACAUUGCCCCUUUUUACAUGCCUUUCCUACCUCCUGUUGUAAUUUGUACCCCACAUCCUGGCUACUAUUCAGAGGCUUGUAUACAACUCCCAUCAGGGUCUUUUUACCCUUGCAGUUUCUUAACUCUACCCACAAGGAUUCUGCAUCUUCUGAUCCCAUGUCACUUCUUGCUAAGGAUUUAAUUUCAUUUUUUAUCAACAGAGCCACCCCACCCCCUCUGCCCCCCUGCCUGUCUUUUCAAUAGGAUGUGUAUCCUUGGAUGUUUACCUCCCAGUUGUGAUCUUCUUUCAACCACAGCUGAUGCCCACACUGUCAUACCUGCCAAUUUCUAACUGCACUAUAAGCUCAUCUACCUUAUUUUGUAUACUGUGUGUAUUCAAAUAUAACACCCUUGGUCCUGUAUUCACCACCCUUCUUCUCAAAUUUGUCUCCAUGUUGCCUGAAGUUGAAUUCUUGUCCCUUUUCUAAAAUUUGUCUUAUUCUUUAUUCUGGAGACUUCAGUAACCUCUCCUGCACUCUCCUUCCCUUUUACUUUUAUCCAUAAUUUUCCAAUCUGUUGAUCCCACCCCCCUACUAUUUAGUUUAAAGCCCUAUCUGCAGCCCAAGUUAUGCGAUUUGCCAGGACCCUGGUCCUAGCGUGGUUCAGGUGGAGCCGUCCCAUUGGAACAGCUCCCUCCUUCCCAAUACUGGUGCCAAUGUGCCACAAAUUCAAACCCACUUCUCCCACACUAGUCUUUGAGCCACGCAUUUAACUCUCUGAUGUUAUUGACCCAGGGAUUAUUACCUUUUUGGUUCUGCUUUUUAAUUUGGGCCCUAGCUGCUCAAAUUCCCUCAGCAGAACCUCUUUCCUUGUUUUACUUACAUCGUUGGUACCCACAUGGACCACGACAACUGGAUCUUUCCCCUCCCAGUCCAAAUUCUUUUGCAGGUCAGAUGAGAUGUCCUGAACCCAGGCACCAGACAGGCAACACGGCCUUUGGGACUCUCAAGCCUUGAGACAGGGAAUGUGUCUAUUCCCCUGACUAUACUAUCCUGAAUUACAACACUUCUCUUCCCCCCCCCCCCCCUUAAAUGGCUCCCUGAACCACAGUGCCACGGUUCAGUUGCUCAUCCUUUCUACAAUGCCCACUCUCAUCCCCACAGGGAGCAAGAAUCUCAGACCUGUUGGACAAGCUCAAGGGUUGAGGCUCCUCCAGCACUACCUCUUCGAUCCCCCUACACACCUCACUCACAGUCACACCUUCUUGUCCCUGACCACAGGCCAAAUUUGAAGUAGUUAAUCUAAUGGGUGUGACUGCCUCCUGAAACACAGCGUCCAGGUAACUCUCCCUCUCCCUGAUGCAUCGCUGUGUUUGAAGCUCAGAUUCCAGGUUGUCAGCUUUGAGCUUGAGUUCCUCAAGCAACCAACACUUGCUGCAGAUGUGGUCACCAGGAACCACAGUUGGGUCCACCAACCCCACAUCAUGCAGCUACAACAUGUCACCUGAUCCUGCAUCCCUACCUUAAUUAGUCAUAAUUUGGUGUAUUUUUAUUUAACUACUAUAAAAAAAACUUACCUGUUCUUACCUGCUACUCACCUGUGCCUCCUCAUCAAAGCCUCAGAUUCCCACUGGUCCACUCUCACAAUGGCCUCUCCACUUACCCGACAUUCCUUUUAUUGGCUAAGUUGCUGUACACUUAGCCAAUCACAACUUUAAAUAAAAUGCUGCUAGCUCCUCCCCUCUGCUGCUCUGGCUCCCGGCAUUAUUUGACACUUCCACCCUGGGGAAAAAGACUCUAUAUCCCUUGCCUAUGCCUCUCAUAAUUUUAUAGACUUCAGGUUGCCCCUCAGCCACCACUAACCAAAAUUUUAUACAGUUGCAACAUGACUUGCUGAUUUUUAUACUCAACACCCUGACUGAUGAAGUCAAGUACACUAUAUGUCUUCUUUACCAACCUAUCUACUUGUGUUGCAACUUUCAGAGAGCUAUGAACUUGCACCCCAAGAUCUAUCUGUACAUAAGUGCUCUUAAGGGUCUUGCCAUUUACUGUGUACUUUCCUCUUGCAUUUGACCUCACAAAGUUCAACAUCUCACACUUAUCUGGAUUAAACUUCAUCCGCCAUUCCUCCACCCACAUUUAUAACUGGUCUCUAUCCAGCUGACUCCCUUAACAAUGUUCUUCACUAUCCAAUCUUGUGUGUCAUCUGCAAACUUAUCAGCCCACCUACAUUUUUAUCCAAAUCAUUUAUAUAUCACAAACAACAGAGGUCCCAGCACUGAUCCUUGCGAGAACACUACAGGUCACAGACCUCCAAUCAGAAUAACAUCCCUCCACCACUGCCUGGGGCCUUAUCCAUUUUAAUAAGAGAACCAACACCUCCUCCUCCUUGGCAUCAAUGUCCCAUAUAAUAUAAGCAUAUUCCUCCCUGAUCUCACUAUCCUCCAUGUCCUUGGUGAAUACUGAAGCAAAUUACUCACUUAAUACCUCACUCACACUCUAGUUCCAGGUAUAAAUUCCCUCUGUUGUCCUUGGGUGGUCCUACCCUCUCCUUAUUAUCCUCUUGUUCUUAACAUAUAUCUUAAAAUGCCUUGGGAUUCUCUUUAAUCCUACUCAUCAAAGAAAUUUCAUGACCCCUUUUGUGUCUCCUGAUUUCCUUUUGUAAGUUUUCCUCCUUCCUUUAUAAUCCUCAAAGGCCCUGUCCAAUUUCAACUUCCUCAACUUUACAUAUGCUUCCCUUCACAUUUUGACUAAAUUUGCAACAUCUCUGUUUGUCCAAGGUUCCCAAACAUUGCCAUCCUUUUCUUUCCUCCUUACAGGAACAUGUUGGUCCUGAAUUUUGACCAGCUAGUCUUCAAACGAUCCCACAUGUUAGAUGUGGCCUUAACCAAUAAUAGUUGCUCCCAGUCUAUUCUCCCUAGCUCCUGCUUAGUGCUGUUGAAAUGAGCCCUCCCUUGAUUUAGCACUUUGCCCCAAGAUCCAGUCUUAUCCAUAACUAGCUGAAAAUUUAUGGAGUUAUCAAUAUUCCCAAAGUGCUGUAUCAUGAAGGUCUAGUAUGGCUUGGUAUGGCAACUGCUCUGCCCAGGACCGCAAGAAACCGCAGAGAGCUGUGGACACAGCCCAGCACAUCAUGGACACCAGCCUCCCCUCCUUGGACUCUGUCUUUACCUCUCGUUGUCUUGGUGAAGCAGCCAUCAUAAUCAAAGACCCCACCCACCUGGGACAUUCUCUCUUCUCCCCUCUUCCAUCGGGUAGAAGAUACAGCUGCCUGAGGGCACAUACCACCAGACUUGACAGCUUCUGCCCCACUGUGAUAAGACUAUCUUUAUACAAUGAGAUGGACUAUGACUUCAUGAUCUACCUUGUUGUGACCUUGCACCUUAUUGCACUGCACUUUCUCUGUAGCUGUGACACUUUAUACUGUUAUUGUUUUUACCCAUACUACAUCAAUGCGCUUUGUACUAACUCAAUGUAACUGCACGGUGUAAUGAAUUGACCUGUAUGAUCGGUUUGUAAGACAAGCUUUUCACUGUACCUCGGUAGAAGUGACAAUAAUAAACCAAUACCAAUA